AUGGGGCGACCGCUGGGGGUGUGUGUGGAGCGGGGGGACGGGGCGGAGGGGACAAACUUCGCGGUUAACUCCAGCCAUUGCGGUAUCGUGGCCCGUACGAAACAGACCGCCCGUAAGUCGACCGGUGGCAAGGCCCCGAGGAAGCAGCUGGCCACCAAGGCGGCCCGCAAGAGCGCCCCGGCCACGGGCGGCGUGAAGAAGCCGCACCGUUACCGGCCGGGCACCGUGGCCCUGCGGGAGAUCCGGCGGUACCAGAAGUCCACCGAGCUGCUGAUCCGCAAGCUGCCCUUCCAGCGGCUGGUGCGCGAGAUCGCGCAGGACUUUAAGACCGACCUGCGCUUCCAGAGCUCGGCGGUGAUGGCGCUGCAGGAGGCGAGCGAGGCCUACCUGGUGGGAUUGUUCGAGGACACGAACCUGUGUGCCAUCCACGCUAAGCGAGUGACCAUUAUGCCCAAGGACAUCCAGCUGGUCCGCCGCAUCCGUGGGGAGCGGGCCUAAGGCUUGCGUGCCUAUGUAGUUGACAACAAAGGCUCUUUU